GCCCCAGGUGCGCGGGGAAGGCGAGCCGGCGGCAGCAGCAGCCAGGCGCCUGGGGGAGAUCUGCCGCUCGGAGCUUGGGAUCCAGCCGCCACAUCCUUGCAGAACCGGCGGCCGGGGCUUGAAGCGAGCCCGGGGCGCUUGGCCAGGAUUUGGAAAGUAAUGCAACAGAACACUUUUGAAGAAAGCAGAUACCCCUGGCAGGAGUCAUUUGAAAAUGUUAACGUCUGCAUGCCGUUUCGUUGCCCGAGAUGUGGGGACCACACACGAUUCCGGACCUUGUCUUCCUUGAGAGCUCACCUCGAAUACAAUCACAGCUACGAAGAAAGAAGCCUCCUGACGAAAUGCAACCUCUUUUCCUCUUUCAAGGAUGCAGACCUGAUCUGUGCUUCCGAGCCCUUGACGCAAGCAGUGCUUGGGGAUAGCACGAGUAUUGUGAAACCAAAGCCGUCCUACUUGAACUUCUGCGACUCAACCCAUGAAAACACAAACAACAGGAAGCCGUUGGAAGUGGAAGCGGAGAGACCUGCUUCUUUUGGGACAAAUUACAUGACGGGUGAGACCGACGAGGAGCUCCUUUCUAAGCCGGGUCUGGUGACCAUAGACUCUAAAGCUUCAUUUGAGGCCCAUGUGAGAGAGAAGUUCAACCGAAUGGUGGAAGCCGUGGAUAAAACAAUCGAGAAGCGGAUUGACAAGCUUACCAAAGAGCUGGCCCAAAAGACUGCCGAACUCUUGGAGGUUCGAGCGGCCUUUGUGCAGCUUUCGCAGAAGAAACAGGAAGUGCAGAGGCGCGAAAGGACCCUAAACAGACAAGUGGACGUCGCAGUUGAGAUGAUUGCGGUGCUGAAACAGCGCCUCGUGGAUUCCGAGGAAGAGCUUCACAGGAAGGAGGAGUAAGUAGA